CUGACAGCUACUGGGUGAGCCCCCCUGCUCGGCCUGUGAUUGGUCGGCUGCCGUCGGCUGCUGGCCGCUGAUUGGCCGGUAUUCGCGGUCGGCGGCUGCCAUUAGUGUGUGCCGCUGAUGGUCGCAGCUAAUUGGUGCCACCUGGGCGGCCGCCGUGUGCGCGCGGACAGGCUCGUUUGUGUGCCCGAGGUGCUUGUUCUGAUACCCUGCCAAAACAAUGGCACCGCUGCGCGCGGCGCGCUCAAAAACAACUCCUGACCAGACCUCAAUAACAUUGCGUCGUGCGCAAACAUUGAGUUUUUACAGAACAAAUUGUUACCUAAACCUGGCCAACUAGAAAACACAAACAGAAGGCGUCCAAACAAACAGCGCUCGUGCGCGGAGAGGAGGAGCGAUUGAUGGGCGGGGGCGUCGUCAGUCUGACGGGGACCGAGCAGGACAGAGCAGCGUCCCGAAACCGUCUCUCGACGAGGGCUGUCGUCUCCGACACCGGCACCACAUCUGAGCUCAAGCAUCAGCAGCACACUCCCAGACUCUCCGAGGACCGGCGAACCGGGCAGUCGAGAGGACGGUACCGGACUAGCACGUGGCGAGGGAAACUUCAAGCCGGCAAUCAGUGAUUUAUUGCAUCGAAAGAGGAGUUCCCACAACAUGGAGAGCUACGAGAGCUACCUGUCCAGCCUGGGUACGGUGUGUGUGCGCGCCGGCUGCGUCUCACCCUACCUGCCCUUCUACUACCUGCCCCUGGCCGGGUGUCCUCUGCCGCCGCCGCCGCCGCAGAAACCGCCGUACAGCUACAUUGCCCUCAUCGCCAUGGCCAUCAAGUCGGCGCCGGAGCAGAAGAUGACGCUCAGUGGGAUCUACAAGUAUAUCAUGGAGCACUUUCCGUACUACCAGCAGAAUAAACAGGGCUGGCAGAACUCGAUUCGGCACAACCUGAGCCUCAACGACUGCUUCCGUAAGUUACCUCGCCAGAAGGGUCGACCCGGGAAGGGCUCGUUCUGGACCCUCGACCCCAAGUUUGCCGAUAUGUUCGAGAACGGUAACUUCCGCAGGCGGAAGAGACGGAUGCGCUGCCUGGCUCGGCCGGCGGACGCGGAGCCGGAGAGCUCCACCACGGCUCCGCCGGGAGCCGAGACCGGAGCGGGAGCGGGAGCGGGAGCCGGAGAGGAGCCGCAGCAGGGGGCAACUCAGCUCAGCCCGCAGCCCACCAAAUCCUCGCUCUUCACCAUCGAGAAUUUGAUCAAGCCGGAGCCGCUGUUCUCAUCAGGGUCGAGGGUGGGGGCGGGGGCGGGGGCGACGGCCGAUGCGGCGCCGGCGGCGACGAUAGUAAAGAUGGAACGAUGAGUGUCUGAUAGAAGUGUUGACCCAUGCUGCGGCAAACGUCAGGGCCAGAGGCCGCUGCUGGUGGUGUGUCGUUGUAGGUAUGUGGAUUGUUCGUGAUGUCUUGUGCAUAUGAGAGUGAAACGUCUAAUGCUCUACCGAGUUCAAUAAAAGAAUGUCGUAAAAUAUUUGACGCACAGACUCUUGGCCGCUUUUCGGACUCUUUUCCUACCUUCCUAGUUCCUUUUGAGUUCUUUCUUCAGCUAGUACCAACCAAAGAAACGGAAAAUAAAGUACACACUGAUGCAGUAUGCAUUGAAAUGA